CUGAUUAGGAGGUGUUUGUGAGUGUGCAUUUGUAGCCACAGCAAUGAGCGAAGUAAAGCUGUUGGGGGCAUGGGCCAGUCCAUUUGUGAUGAGGCCCAGGAUCGCCCUCAAUCUAAAAUCUAUCUCAUAUGAAUUCCUGGAAGAGACAUUCGGAUCCAAGAGCCAGCUCCUCCUGCAAUCCAACCCUGUUUACAAAAAGAUCCCAGUCCUCAUCCACAAGGACAGGCCCAUCUCCGAAUCCAUGAUCAUCGUCCAAUACAUCGACGAAGCCUGGACCACCGGACCGACAAUCCUCCCUACCGAUCCUUACGAUCGGGCCAUCGCCCGCUUUUGGGCAACCUACAUAGACGACAAGUGUUUCCCUGGGUUGUUUGUGAUCGUUCGAGCGCAGGGAGAGGAAGACAAGGCAGCAGCGAUUGAGCAGGUAAUUGAUGGGCUGCAGUUGUUGGAAGAGGCUUUUGAGAAGUGCAGCAAGGGGAAGGAAUUCUUCGGUGGGGAACACAUCGGUUACCUAGACAUUGCGUUGGGUUGCUACUUGGGGUGGCUAAAGGCGACAGAAAGUAUGACGUGCACCAAGUUUCUUGACAGUGAGAAGCUUCCUCACUUGACGGGAUGGGCCGCGCGCUUCUGCUCAGAUAGUUCCGUAAAGGAGGUGAUGCCGGAGACGGAGAAGCUGGUGGAGUUUGUCAAGGUGUUUCAGGCCAAGUUCAAGGCUCCUCCUCCUUCCACUUGAACUAGGAUUACCUAGAGAGAAGAAUGUAAAAUGCGUUGCUUUUGCAUGAUAAAAUGUCAUUAUGUAUAAUAAUAGUGUUAAAAAAGAUUAGUCAGUCCUUUUGGGCUGUUUGGUCAUUUUCUUUUUAACCUUUUUUUAUGUGCAUGUCGAGAUAAUCCUUAUGUUUAUUUAUACAAGGCACUCUCAAGUCCAACUGGUUGGAAUA